AUGGAUGAGACAUCACUUGGUGCUGCUUUGGUGGUUUUUUAUGCUUUAAUUUUUAUUUUGGGAUUGUUAGGCAACAUGUUGGCCUUAUAUGUGUUUCUGUUCAUCCACAACAAAAGAAACUCUGUACAAAUUUACCUCCUCAAUGCGGCAAUAGCUGACCUGCUACUGAUUUUCUGCCUUCCAUUCCGAAUUAUAUAUCACAUCACCCAGGAGUGGAAACUGGGAGUUGUAUUCUGCAAAAUUAUUGGCAACUUAUUUUACAUGAACAUGUACAUUAGUAUUGUACUUUUGGGCCUCAUCAGUAUGGAUCGCUAUAUAAAAGUUAAAAAGUCACAGCGAAGACGGAAAGUUUCAAGAAGGAAAUGCAGUAUUCAGAUCUGCUGCAGCUUGUGGGUGGCAGCCAUUUUUUCUGGACUCCUCCAUAUUGCAACACAGUCAACGAAGAACCAAUCAAAUGAAAAUGUUUGCUUUCAUUAUACAAACAGGAAAGAUGCAGUUUGGCAAGCAGCAUUUAAUUACUUUAUUGUAGUGAUCUUCUGGAUAGUGUUUAUUAUGCUGAUCCUAUCAUAUGUGAAGAUAGGCAAGAACCUUCGCAAGAUUUCCAGAGAGCGUGCCUACCUACCAAAUGCUGGGAGAUAUAACAGUACAGCUUACAAAUCAUUUUUUGUCCUUUUCAUCUUUACCCUGUGCUUUGUACCUUAUCAUACCUUUAGGAUUGUAUAUAUUACAACACAGCUGCAAAAUAUUUCAUGUUAUUGGAUAGAGCGAGUUCACAAAACAAAUGAAAUCACAUUGGUGUUUUCAGCUUUCAACAGCUGCUUGGACCCGGUCAUGUAUUUCCUAUUGUCUAGCAGUGUCCGUAAAACAGUGUUUCGCUUGCUCUGUAAAGGGAGCCGGGAUAGUCAAGCAGGAGUGAAAGCAACACAUCAGACCUCCAUCAUGGAUAUACUCUACCUGACAGUGUGCCCACUGUAUACUCUCAGACUGCCACUCCUCUUAAUCAAAGAAGAAUCAUCACAAAACAAAGUGAAAAUAAGUAACAAAAAAUGA